UUGAUAGUAAAUAAUCCCUGUAUUUCAAUCUUUCAUCAUGCUACUGUAACUUAAUCGAAAUAAUUGACAAAAUAUUCGUUAAACUGUAGAGUCAUUCAAUUAUUUAGCCCAGUAGUUGUAUCAAAAUAAUUGCGUUUCUAAUGUCUAAAUCUCAUUUGUAUUGCAGGUCCAGUUAACUAUGUAAGCUUAACUAAAGACGGUCAAUGUUUAUUGAUAUCUUGCGGAAAUGGAGUGAUCAAGCUCUUGGAGAAAGAAACAGGAGAAAUAUUAUCUGAUCUCUCCUUUAUAAUCAGUAAUAUAUUAAAUUAAUUCAUCCUAUGAAAUGGAGUGAUGAACUAUGCCCCAGCCUCCAAUUCUGAGAGAUAGAAAGCUAAUCAAUGUACCUCCAGAUUUAAUCGUCUCAGGACAGAGUCCAGAUUUAAAUUAUGGCGCUCAUCGUAUUAUAUUGAUGUGUAUAAGCCCUUAUUUUCAAAAGGUGUUUCAAUAUUCACGGAAUCAAAUCAAGACAACAAUCACCGAUGAAUUUGGAAUCGACCGAUCAGUGGAUUAUAUUCAAUUAGACAUCAACGAAAGAGAAACUCUGUCCACCAUUUUACAAUAUGCUUACACAGGACGUGUUGACUUGGACGUAGAUUUUAUUCAAGACCUAAUUAUCGCUGCUGAUAAGUACAAUAUUUAUGGAUUGAUCAAAGAGAGCACCAGAUUUCUCGAAACUCGCCUCAAUCCCGACAAUUGCAUUGGUAUUCAUUUAUUUGCAAGCUUCUAUAACUGUUUUGAACUCGAGAGACUGGCCCGAAAUUAUAUCCUGGGAAAUUUUGAAACCAUCUAUCAACAAUCGGACGAAUUUCUUAAUCUAACAACAUUAACAUCUUUAAUUGAAAUCUUCAAAACGCAUUUUCUCUACGUGUCGGAUGAAUUAAGUGUCUGGCAUAGUUUAAUCAAAUGGAUUGAUCAUGAUGCACCCCUAAGAGUUGACCAUUUUGAACAACUGGCUUGUUUGAUUCGUUUUGGAUUAAUCGAUGACAAUGCUCUUGUUUAUCAUGUUCUCAACCAUCCUUAUGUUAUAAAUAAUAACCGGAUUCAAUCAAUUAUCCAAGAAGUGUUAGAAACACGUAAAAUGCUAGAAUCAUGUGAUAAACCUACAAGUGUGAUUUAUUUAAAUGACACCGUCAAACACCAACUGGCUCCUCGAUACCCAAAAGAUAUUAUAUUUGUUUUUGGAGGUCGAUCUCUUGAUGUUGAAUUUGUCUCGCCUGAACCCAUUGUUGAAGCCUAUGAUCAUCGAGCAGAACGUUGGAGACAAGUCAACUUAGAAGACCCUUCUGGUCCUCGGGAUCACCAUCAAAUCUGUGUCGUUGGUAAAUACUUAUUUAUUAUUGGUGGUCAUCACGGUCCUUUCAAUGUAUUCAAUUCAUGUCGCAAGUUAGACCUGACAACUUGGACAUGGUCCGAGAUAGCGCCAAUGAAAGAGAAACGAGCUUUUCAUACAAGUGCAAUAAUUGACAAUCACAUUUAUGCCAUUGGAGGUUAUAAUGGAGCUCGUCGGACUGAUUCAGUUGAACGAUAUGAUAUUGAGCAAAACCAAUGGACCAGUUGUUCACCAAUGAAUGAGAGACGCAGUGGUGCCGGUGCCGCUGUCCUUAAUGGUAAAAUAUAUGUGGUCGGUGGUUUUCGCGAUUCAAACUACUUGAAUACCGGUGAAGUUUAUGAUCCCAUCUCUAAUCAAUGGAUGCCAAUUAGCAGCAUGUCAAAACCCCGAAGUAGUCCGGCUGUAGUGGCCUUCAAUGGAAAGUUGCAUGUCAUUGGUGGACUCACAUCAAAUGGUUUAUUAUCAAGCUGUGAAAAAUAUGAUCCGUACCAAAAUAAAUGGGACAAGAUGGAGAAUGAAAUGCUGGAAAAGAAAUGUUCAGCGGCAGCUGUUGUACUUGAGGAUAAAAUUUUAGUCAUUGGAGGUUGGAAUGGAGUUGGUGGCCUUAGAACUGUUGAACUAUGGUGUGAUAAAGCUAAAAGGUGGCUUCUUGGUACUAAAUUGAUCAAACGUAGGACUGGUUGUGCUGCCUGUGUUGUAACUGAUGUCCAAAACAUCGAAAAUUUUGCUUGGUUGGCAAGAGAAAACAUUGCCCAGGAAAGAAUCUUGAAUGCCUUCAGAUUAAAUUCAGAAAAUAAUGUCGAUGGAAGCUCUUUUGAUAAUGAUGAACUUUUAGAUGAAUUUGAUCAACUCCAAAAUCGUCAAGCUUAUUCAAGAGCAGCUCCUAACAAUUUUGAUGAUAUCAUGGAUAUUGAUCCCAAUUGAAUUUUAUAGCUUAUCUAUUUUUUUGUUGUAUUCAAAUUUUAAUAUCAUUCCCUGUUAAUGUGAUCAAAUAUAUAUUUUAUUUUUUUAAAUGAA